CUAAUUGGAUUGGCCGUGCUGCUAAUUGGUUUCUGGGCUCAGCUGGAAAAAAAUCCUUUCAGCCAGCUCGGCAGUCGCAUGUCGAAAUUCUACCUCGAUCCUGCUUGGAUUCUUAUAAUUGUUGGCGCUGUGACUUUUAUCAUAGGAUUCAGCGGCUGCGUUGGUGCCUUACGCGAAAAUACAUGUCUUUUAGCCAGCUACUCAGUAUUGCUUUCUGUCCUGCUGAUGGCUGAACUAUCUGUCGGUAUCCUCGGCUUUGUUUUCAGUGACUGGGUGAAACAACAGCUGGAAGCGGAACUUGAUGAUAUGAUAAUAUACUACAGAGACGAUCCUGAUCUUCAGGGCGUUAUAGAUUGGAUUCAGAUGGAUUGGCUUCAUUGCUGCGGAAUCCAUGGACCCGACGAUUGGGAUAUGAAUAUAUACUUUAACAGUUCUUCAGAGGCACUGGGAAGUCCUGAAGCAGGCGGUGUUCCUUUCUCUUGCUGUAUUUACGCAAAGAUGAAUGGCCUAAUUAAUUACUUUUGCGGUCAUCGUGCACGAAGAAAACCAAUUCCCAGCGAUAUUAUAUACAACAACGGUUGCUUAGACCGUGCCACGGAUUGGUUUAAGAAAAAUCUGAUCGUUGUUGGAUCGCUUGCGGUGGGCCUAGCUGUUUUAGAGAUUACUACUUGA